AUGGAAUCAGUUAGACAGGCUGUCCAGCGUACUGCACUUGGACUUGCAGAGUAUGUAACACCCGUGUUAAAAGCUUCUAAAUUCCGAGAAACAGGAGUUAUAACUCCUGAAGAGUUCAUUGCGGCAGGCGACUUUUUAGUUUAUCAUUGUCCCACGUGGCAAUGGGCAACUGGUGAUAAAGGUGUUCGUUCAUAUCUUCCCAGGGAAAAACAAUAUUUGGUUACACGGAGUGUACCUUGCUAUAAAAGAGUGAAGCAGAUGGAAGAUCAUAGUGAAGAGUUCGAGAAGGUUUUGGAGGAAGAAGAUGGUGAUGGUGGUUGGGUAGACACCCAUCAUUAUGCAACUAAGUACGGUGAUAUCAACCUUGAAAUUGGAAAAAUGAAUGACAUGACAGUUUCACCAGUAUCGAAAUCAGAUAACCAAGUGAAUCGCGAUGAUAAACAUACGAUAUCCGAUUGUGAUGAUGAAGAAGAUGAAGAUAUGGAGGCUUUUUUGCAAAGUGGUAUGCUUGAUGAGUGUGAUCCCGCGGCGGUCAAGGCUCGGACGAAAGUACCCAAUACAUCGCAAAAUAGUAAUAAUAGCCAAACUGUUUUGGAGUCCGAUGUUGAUCAGAAAGGUGAUAAUGGAAUCCUACAAACACGAACAUAUGAUUUGUACAUUACCUAUGACAAAUAUUAUCAAACACCUCGUCUAUGGUUGUUUGGUUAUGACGAGCACCACCAACCGUUGACAGAAGCUGAAAUGUACGAAGACUUUAGUCAAGAUCAUGCUAAGAAGACUGUCACCACUGAAGCCCAUCCACACUUAUCUGGACAUAUGAUGCCGUCUAUUCAUCCAUGUCGACAGGCUGAUGUAAUGCGAAAGUUGAUUGAAGCUGUAGCUGAUGGUGGUGCUGAAUUAGCUGUUCACCAGUAUCUGAUGAUAUUUCUAAAGUUCGUGCAAGCUGUUAUACCCACAAUUGAAUAUGAUUACACUCGAAGUUUCAACUUGUCUUCAUCCGCCUGA